CCAGCGCAUUAUAGCACCCAAACCUCAAACCAAAAGCAGCAAAAAUAGGAGCACCAAAGCUAGGAAAAAUGGAUCUGUCGUCGUCCUCCGUGGUCUCCGCCUUCUGAUCUCCCGGACGUUGCCGUUCUAAUUGUUUUAUCUUCGUCUCCAGGAUUUCUGGUCCCUUAGGUACACUCUGAUUCUCCAGUUUCUGAAGCGUAGAAAAAGCAUCUAUCUUUUUUGGGUUCAUUCAUGGAUUUUAUUGAAGGUUUCGUUUUGGGAUCUGGAUCGGGUUGAAUUUAACUAGGUAAAUGGUUAAUACUGUCGAGCUGGAAUACUAGCGAGAGCAGGAAUCUUCUUCCUAUCAAAUGGCUUCAGUAGGCGUGGCGCCUACCUCUGGUUUGCGAGAAUCUACAGCUGGUGUUGAUAGGUUACCUGAGGAGAUGAAUGACAUGAAAAUUCGGGAUGACAAAGAAAUGGAAGCAACAGUAAUUGAUGGUAAUGGUACCGAGACAGGGCACAUAAUAGUGACAACUAUUGGUGGUAGAAACGGCCAGCCAAAGCAGACUAUAAGCUACAUGGCUGAGCGUGUUGUUGGUCAUGGAUCAUUUGGAGUUGUAUUCCAGGCAAAGUGCUUAGAGACUGGUGAAUCUGUGGCUAUUAAGAAGGUUCUUCAAGAUAAAAGGUACAAGAACCGGGAGCUGCAAACUAUGCGUCUUCUUGACCACCCAAAUGUUGUUGCAUUGAAGCACUGCUUCUUCUCAACAACUGAGAAGGAUGAACUUUAUCUUAAUCUGGUGCUUGAGUAUGUUCCUGAAACUGUUCAUCGUGUGAUCAAGCACUACAACAAGUUGAACCAGCGGAUGCCGCUGAUAUAUGUUAAACUUUAUACUUACCAGAUAUUCCGGGCAUUGUCGUACAUUCAUCGUGCUAUUGGAGUGUGCCAUCGAGACAUUAAACCUCAAAAUCUCUUGGUUAAUCCACAUACUCACCAGGUUAAAUUAUGUGAUUUUGGAAGUGCAAAGGUUUUGGUGCGAGGGGAGCCAAAUAUAUCGUACAUAUGCUCGAGGUACUACAGAGCACCGGAACUUAUUUUUGGGGCUACUGAGUAUACGUCAGCUAUUGAUGUUUGGUCUGCUGGCUGCGUUCUUGCUGAACUACUUCUUGGGCAGCCUUUGUUUCCUGGAGAGAGUGGAGUAGACCAGCUUGUUGAGAUUAUCAAGGUUCUGGGUACUCCAACAAGGGAGGAAAUUAAGUGCAUGAACCCAAAUUAUACCGAGUUUAAGUUCCCUCAGAUUAAAGCUCACCCAUGGCACAAGAUAUUCCACAAGCGCAUGCCUCCGGAAGCUGUUGAUAUCGUUUCAAGACUACUGCAGUACUCCCCUAACUUACGGUGCACUGCUUUAGAUGCUUUGACCCAUCCUUUCUUUGAUGAGCUACGUGACCCGAACACCCGCCUGCCGAAUGGUCGUUUCCUUCCACCACUAUUUAACUUUAAAUCCCAUGAAUUGAAGGGAGUCCCAGUGGAGAUUUUGGUGAAAUUAAUACCGGAGCAUGCAAGGAAACAGUGCCCCUUUCUUGGUUCAUGAGUAUGAUGUGACAAACCAGCUAGUGUUGUUCUGAAAUGGAAUCCACGUUUGUCUACUCUAUUUAUGAAAAAUCUGUUGUCUUACUGUUGUGUAUCCAUUGUAUCACCAUGUAUCGAGUAAGCAGAAUUAGGGACAUGCUGCUGCUACUGAAUGAUUGUCCUUGCCUCUACGGGUAUUGUCAUUGUGUUGUUCCUAUGUGUAAUCAAAGAUUGUAACCUGUUGUAGCAGACAAAGAAACUUUAUCUAAAUGUUUUAUCUGGAUUGGUAUUUGUGGAAGAGGAAUACGGUUCUGAUUAUGACUAGAUUGACAGAGUAUGGUUUUCUUGGC